AUGAGUGGUGAAUUUGAAAUGAGUAUGAUGGGAGAAUUAAACUACUUCCUCGGAUUGCAAAUCAAGCAAACUGAAGAAGGAAUCAUGAUCCAUCAACAAAAAUAUAUCAAGGAACUGAUCAAGAAGUACAAGCUAGAUAAUGCUAAGACCAAUAACACUCUAAUGGGUAUAGCAACUAGGUUGGAUGAAGAUCUAACUAGAACUUGUGUUGAUCAAUCUAUGUAUAGAGGUAUGAUAGGUUCUUUACUUUAUCUAACAGCUAGUAGACCUGACAUAUCUUUUAGUGUAGGUUUGUGUGCCAGGUUCCAAGCAAACCCAAAGGAGUCUCACUUGAAAGCAGUAAAGAGAAUCCUUAGAUACCUUAAAGGAACUGAUGAUUUGAGUCUCUUCUAUCCUAGAAGUGACUCCUUUGAUUUAAAUUGCUUUACUUAUGCUAACUAUGCAGGUGAUUUGGUUGAUAGAAAAAGCACUUCAGGUAUGGUACAGUUUUUAGGACCUUGUUUAGUUUCUUGGGGUUCCAAGAAGCAAAACACAGUUGCAAUGUCUACAGCUGAGGCUGAGUAUGUGACAGCAGCAGCAUGUUGUUCACAAGUACUUUGGAUAAAGCAACAGAAUACCAUGGUCAUCAUUGCUGAAAUCGUCUCAUCAGAAAAUUCUCAAAGCUCCGAAAACACAAUUCAAGAGGAAACAUCUCCAUUAGCCAUGGUUAACUACAAACCUUCUUCAACUUUGACCAAAACCCCUGAAAAUCCUAAAACCUCAUCAUCUAAACCUAAAGAAAUGGAGAGUAAAAAUGACCAAGAAGAGUCAUCCGUUUCAAGUGUUCUUCAAAGACUGAAAGAGUGGUAA